CAGAGAUAAAUCAAAAUGAUCUCCAAAAUCGUAGCCCUGUGCGCGUUGGUGGCGGUGUCCCAGGCGGGCCUCCUGCCCGAGCCCCACUACCAGUCAGCCGUCUCUUCCCAGAGCAUCGUGCGUCACGAUGAGGGUCAGGCCACCAAGCUGGCCUACCAAGCCGCCCCUGUCGCCUACCACGCCGCCCCCGCCGUCUCUUACCACGCUGCCCCUGCUGCCGUGACCUACCACGCCGCCCCUGUUGCUAAGGUCGCCGUCGCCGCCCCCAUCGCCUACCACGCCCCUGCCCCCGUCGCCUACCACGCCGCUCCCGUCGCUAAGGUCCUCGCUCAACCCGAGGAAUACGCCCACCCCAAAUACGAGUACUCUUACUCUGUUGCUGACCACCACACCGGUGACGACAAGUCGCAGCACGAGAUCCGCGACGGUGAUGUUGUGAAGGGCUCCUACUCCUUCCAUGAGGCCGAUGGCUCCAUCAGGACUGUGGAGUACACCGCUGAUGACCACAAUGGCUUCAACGCGGUCGUGCACAACACCGCUCCCAAGGCCGCCCCCGUGGUCGUCAAGGCUGCCCCCGUGGUCCUCAAGGCCGCAGCCCCCGUUCUCUCCUACUACCAUUUACAGAUUGUAGCUCUCUGUGCAUUCGUGGCGGUGUCCCAGGCGGGACUCCUGCCCGAGCCGCACUACCAGUCCGCCGUCUCCUCCCAAAGCAUCGUGCGUCACGAUGAGGGCCACGCCACUAAGCUGAUCGCUGCUGCGCCCGUCGCCAAGCUGGCCUACCAAGCCGCCCCCGUCGCAUACCACGCUGCUCCCGCCGUGGCGUAUCAAGCCGCUCCCAUCGCUUACCAAGCUGCCCCCGCCGUCUCUUACCACGCCGCCCCUGCUGCCGUGACCUACCACGCCACUCCCGUCGCUAAGGUCGCCGUCGCCGCCCCCAUCGCCUACCACGCCCCUGCCCCCGUCGCCUACCACGCCGCUCCCGUCACUAAGGUCCUCGCUCAACCCGAGGAAUACGCUCACCCCAAAUACGAGUACUCUUACUCCGUUGCUGACCACCACACCGGUGACGACAAGUCGCAGCACGAGAUCCGCGACGGUGAUGUCGUGAAGGGCUCUUACUCCUUCCACGAAGCUGAUGGCUCCAUCAGGACUGUGGACUACACCGCCGAUGCCCACAACGGCUUCAACGCGGUCGUGCACAACACCGCCCCCACCGCCGCUCCCGUGGUUGUCAAGGCCGCCCCCGUGGCGUUUCAUGCCGCCCCCGCGUACCACAGCGCCCCCGCUUACCACGCCGCCCCCGCCAUCCACGCCGCCCCCGUCGUCCACGCUGCUCCCAUUGCCCACGCCGCCCCUGCUCAUGAAGAGCACUACGUCGAUGAAUAUGCCCAUCCCAAAUACGGCUACUCUUACUCCGUGGAGGACCCUCAUACCGGAGACCACAAGUCUCAGCAUGAGACCCGUGAUGGCGAUGUCGUGAAGGGAGAAUACUCUUUGCUGCAGCCUGAUGGCUCCUUCCGCAAGGUUACCUACACCGCUGAUCACCACAAUGGUUUCAACGCCGUCGUGCACAACACCCCGCCCGUGAUCCACCAUCAUUAAGAAACCCAAACCAACCUGUGAUAUUAUUAUAUGUGUAGUCUAGUUCUUAUGGUUAAUCCAAUCUAUUAGAUCCUUCUAUGUAAAUAAAACUAUUUUCACUUUUAUUUCUGUCUUUGGCUCCAUUUUCAUCUAAGCUUCUUUCGUCUUCUAGUGCCACCUUUUCUUUCAUUACUUUUUAAAUAAGUCUACCUU